GUCUACGGGGCCUCGGCCGGGGCGCUCACCGCCACCGCCCUGGUCAGCGGCGCCUGCCUCGGUGAGGCUGGCGCCAGCAUUAUUCGAGUGUCAAAAGAAGCCCGGAAAAGAUUCUUGGGCCCACUCCACCCAUCCUUCAACUUGGUGAAGAUCAUUCGGAUCUGCCUGUCCAAGACCGUGCCAGAGAACGGGCAUGAGGUUGCAGCGGGACGUCUGGGUAUUUCCUUGACACGGGUCUCGGAUGGAGAAAACGUGAUACUGUCGGACUUCAACUCCAAAGAGGAGCUGAUCCAGGCCUGUGUCUGCAGCACCUUCAUCCCCGUCUACUGUGGGCUGAUACCUCCAACCCUGCGUGGAGUGAGAUACGUUGAUGGAGGCAUUUCUGACAACUUGCCACAAUAUGAGCUGAAGAACACAAUCACGGUGUCUCCCUUCUCAGGAGAGAGCGAUAUCUGUCCACGGGACAGUUCUACAAACAUGCACGAGCUGAGAGUCACCAACACAAGCAUCCAGUUCAACCUUCGCAACCUCUACCGCCUUUCAAAGGCCCUGUUUCCUCCGGAGCCGCAGGUGCUGCGGGAUAUGUGCAAGCAGGGCUAUCGGGACGCGCUGUACUUCCUCAAGAAGAACGGUCUCCUGAAUCGCCCAAGUCCUGCCCGCCCUCUCCUCGCCAUAGAAGCUCCCCCAGGAGAGAAGAAAGAGGAAGAAACUGAAGUUGAGGACCAAGCAGAGGACAAUACUGCCCUCGCUGUUGUCGAAGAGCACAUCUUCGAACACUUGCCUCCCAGACUGAACCAAGCUCUGCUGGAAGCUUGUGCUGAAAGAAGAGGUUUCUUGACUGGCAUCACCAACAUGCUGCCUAUACGUGUGGCCACGGCAAUGAUGGUUCCCUACAUGCUGCCUCUGGAGUCUGCGGUUUCCUUCACUGUCAGGUUGCUGGAAUGGCUCCCAGAUAUCCCUGAGGAUAUUAGAUGGAUGAGGGAGCAGAUGACUGAAAUCUGCAACUAUCUUGUGAAGAAAGCCAAGAAGAAACUGGGCAGCCACCUUUCAGCCAGGCUCUACUACCACCUCGAGCUUGGGAGGCCCCAGAGCCUGCCGAUUUCUCCCGCACCGCCUUGCGGUGAAGCGCUGCCAAUGUGGAUGAGAAGCAACCGUUCCCUGUCCGACGUCAUGAUGAAGUGGGACGAGUACCAACGCCAGCUCAUGAUGGGCUUACUCUGCAUCAACGUGGACAUGCAGGCUUCUCUCUUCCCUCAGGAAGGGUUUCAGAUCAAGCUGCCACCUCUAGACUGUGCGAAAGAGUGCCUGCCGCUCUUCUGAGCCCGCCGCCCUCGGGGGCUGAGGGUGGGUGGGAAGGGAAAGGCGCGUAGGGUGGGACCAGUCCCGUCCCUCAGCAGCAGGCUGCCCUGUGCUCCUCAGUGUGCUGCAAAGGGGCAUUUCCCCGGGAUGGAGACUGGUGGGACUGACUGUAGCCAUUUGUCGCCCGCUGGGCCAGGCAAGGGGUCUCUGUGCUCAGACACACGCGGGCUCAGACCUUGUCCUAGGUUUGUGUUGAGGCCCGGCCGCCGCCCGUGGCCGGGCUGAUGCUGACCCAGCUGGGCUCCCCCAAAUAAUGCACUUUGAAUUGCCGUUGGCUGUUGAACUGCCAAACAAUCAGGACGUAGAUGACGCUCUCGAGUUCAUACGGCUUUUUAACUUCCUUUUGGUUUUUUUAGAGCUUGAGUCUUGCCUUACCUUAAGUCAUCUGCCAUCCGUUAGGUCUUUGGGCUGCUGAAAGGUGAAGUAGCCUCUUGCCAAA